AUGUGGGGAUCAUAUAGUUCAUACAGCUCUAUGAGCUCAACUCUUUCUACUAUGCCCAUGGAUAUCUCUUCACGAAGCGGCCUCAACGCCCGCGACUCCAGCUGCGCAUUCCCAUCGUGGCCUCGCCGAAGCUCUCUGGACAGCGAGGAACAGGAGCGCCCAACAUCAUUUCUCUCCGAUGACGACCUGCUUCUUCUGGAGGACCCCUUCGAGGAUGACGCCCGCAGCGUCGCAAGCUCCAGCAACUCCUCUGCCUCAUCGCCUCAAGCCCAGGUCCAGCUCACUGAGGAGCAGCUCUUCCACAUGCAGCGCGAGCGCCUUGCUCUGCAGCAACAGCUGAUGAAGCAUGUGGUUACCGAGAAGGAGCGCAAGCGACAGGCACGCAAGACGCAGCGCAAGCCUACAUCUACCAAGAAGAGCAGCCCUAAGAGCAGGCUCAGCAACAUGACUCCCAUCCAGGAGUAA